AUGGCUUCAGAAGGAGCAUCUCCAGUGCUGGGAACGGAUGUGACCAUGAACCCCGGUGCCUCCUUGUCUACUUUCACGGCAGUGCCCUUCCCUCCACCCAUUCCUGGCGCCCAGCACCGGCCACCCUGGCAGCAGCACCUGCCACGUCCCCUCACCCCAGCAUUCCCUCCUGGCAGCAGCCUGCUGCUGCCAGCUUUCCCCAGGACGCCUUUGGUGGCUAAUGGUGGCCGUGGCCCCAGUGCCCCGGGGGCUUGCAACCUCACUGUCCAAGUCAGGUCACAAGGCAGGCCAGUGGAGGCCCCCCAGACUCAGACCUUUGUCGUUACUCAGGCCUCCCUCAACUGGGGCGCUCCAGGGGCCCUUAGCAGGAGUGCUGCAUGUCCUGCACCCGUAUUCAUAGCAACCCCUGUGAUGGGGACCGUUGUGACUGCUCCAGCUGUUGGAGUUAGUCAGGCUGGCAAGGGAGGCUGGACCCCAGGCUUUCCUCCUCAAGCUCCACCACCAGCUGUCCAGCUGACCCCUAUCAUUCGCCCAGUGAACUCUGGGCCAUGGCCACAUGGCACUUCCAGGGAGGGCCGCCUGGCCACCAACCAGUCCAACGCCUCGCAGGAUGGCUCCUCUAACACCCAGAGAGAGUACAGUAACUUCCUACGUAGGCAGCACAUCAAGCCCCUGGCCCUGAGACACUUUCGCCUGAGUCCUGAUGCAGAAGCUUUUUCCUGCUUUCUCAUCCCAGUGCUUCGAUCCGUGGCCCGCCUGAAUCCCACCAUGCCGCUGGAGGAGGGACUGCGGAGGGCCGUGCAGGAAUGGCGGCGCUUGAGCAACCUUGACUGGAUGAUCCACUACGAGAUGGCGGAAAAGUUCAUGGAAUUUGCGGCCGAGGAGGAGACGCACAUUCAGCAUUUGCAGUGGAUGCAGUGCGCGCAGGACCUGCCUCCUCCAGCCCCACCGAAGCUGGAUCCUCGGGGGCCCCCAGCCCCGAAAGCUGUGAGGGAGUAUGUGGACAGGAUGGAGGCGCUGGUGGGGCCCGUCCACUCAGCCAGAAGCAAGUCACAUGCAGAAUGUGGAAAGGACGGAAAUGAGCUGAAGCAGGAAGAGGACGACGCCUACUUGGACCCGUGUCUCUUGAGCUACAUUGACGAGCUGCGUUCCCGGGAAGACUCUGUCACCAAGGGCCAUUGUCCCACUGCCCAGUGCUCCUCCUCUCACACGUGCGAGUGGAGCUGUCACUGUCCUCCUCCCUCCUACCAGCUGGUGCAGAAACAACUCCUGGACUUGAAAGAGGACGAAGGUGGGCCGGCAGCCCCGAGCCACAGUGCACCCGGAAUGGGCUCAAGUCCAUCUGAGUCCCACGCCGGCCAAGAUGCCCAGAGGCACGACCAAGACCGCCAUCGAGGGGUCAGUGAUGAAGCCUGCCCACCAGAGAUUGAUUGUGAGGCUCUUCAUAGGCCCAUCCGAACAGACACUGGCCCGUUCGUGCUCAGAGUCUUUGUUCCCCCUCGAGGACGUCAGGCUGGCAAGGGAGGCUGGACCCCAGGCUUUCCUCCUCAAGCUCCACCACCAGCUGCCCAGCUGACCCCUAUCAUUCGCCCAGUGAACUCUGGGCCAUGGCCACAUGGCACUUCCAGGGAGGGCCGCCUGGCCACCAACCAGUCCAACGCCUCGCAGGAUGGCUCCUCUAACACCCAGAGAGAGUACAGUAACUUCCGACGUUGGCAGCACAUCAAACCCCUGGCCCUGAGACACUUUCGCCUGAGUCCUGAUGCAGAAGCUUUCUCCUGCUUUCUCAUCCCAGUGCUUCGAUCCGUGGCCCGCCUGAAUCCCACCAUGCCGCUGGAGGAGGGACUGCGGAGGGCCGUGCAGGAAUGGCGGCGCUUGAGCAACCUUGACCGGAUGAUCCACUACGAGAUGGCGGAAAAGUUCAUGGAAUUUGCGGCCGAGGAGGAGACGCACAUUCAGCAUUUGCAGUGGAUGCAGUGCGCGCAGGACCUGCCUCCUCCAGCCCCACCGAAGCUGGAUCCUCGGGGGCCCCCAGCCCCGAAAGUGCGCCUUCAGCCAGUCACCCAGCUUCCCACUGGAGCUGAAGGCACAGGUAACAGGGGCCUAGGCUUGGCCACCGUCCCCCCACACAGAUCCCAGCGGACCCCGGAGCCCAAGGCGCCCAAGGAGAUUCCCCCUGAGACUGUGAGGGAGUAUGUGGACAGGAUGGAGGCGCUGGUGGGGCCCGUCCACUCAGCCAGAGGCAAGUCACAUGCAGAAUGUGGAAAGGACGGAAAUGAGCUGAAGCAGGAAGAGGACGACGCCUACUUGGACCCGUGUCUCUUGAGCUACAUUGACGAGCUGCGUUCCCGGGAAGACUCUGUCACCAAGGUGGAGGCAGUCAUUCACCCUCGAUUCCUGUCAGAAUUGUUUUCCCCAGACCCACAGCUGGAUCUCUUGGCCCUUGCUGAGGAGCUGAAGCAGGAGGAAGGACUCACCCCUGAAGAACUGGUGCAGAAACAACUCCUGGACUUGAAAGAGGACGAAGGUGGGCCGGCAGCCCCGAGCCACAGUGCACCCGGAAUGGGCUCAAGUCCAUCUGAGUCCCACGCCGGCCAAGAUGCCCAGAGGCACGACCAAGACCGCCAUCGAGGGCCUGCUUAG